ACGCGUUCUCAUCUCAAUCCUCAUCGAUCCCAGAUCUUGAAAAAAAGUCAAAAAACUGACCGAAGUUAAUUUCCGUUAUCCAAGUACGGCGUACCUUCUUCCUCUUUCAUUUCCUCGCCUUUUCUGCCGCGUAAAUCCAGGAAACCACAGUCGCUGCUAUAAAUCACAUCGGCAUCCGAAAUCGUUUAAAGAAUAUUUGUGUGAGUGUGCAUGACGAGCGCAUCGGAGCUUUUCUACAACCGCAGGUCUCGCUUCAACAGCCGAGCCACCCACAGCGAUCUCGGCUUCGACUCCCUCUGUCCCCCUGACCGAAUCUACAAUCGCCGCCACCACAACCACCAUGAUUCCGACGCCUGCGAUCUCCUCCUACACCGCCCCUCCUCCCGCCGCCACCGCAUCUCCCUCACGGUACUUCAAAUCUCAUUACUUUUUUGGAAUUUUUAUUUUUAUAAUGAAUUUUGGGUUGUUUGGGAUCAGGAGCGUGCGGCGGGGAUUGGGUCGGAGCAGGGCGGACAAUCGGGUACGGGUAAUCGGGUUGGACCGAGAGUGAGCGGAAAUGAGAGGUUGCCUGGUGCUGUUGUGCUCGCUAGGGAGAGGUUGCUUGAGAGGCUGAGAGGAAUGCCUCCUUCCGAAACCAGGCGACACAGAGCAUUGCAUAUGUACAGGAAUGGUUCAAUUGGUGAUGAUUUGGCUCCUCUUGAUGAAAGGGAUUGGAGUACUGACACCUGGCCAGGUCAGUCAGCCAGUGGUUCCCCGUCCAGUGACUUGAGUUCUCAAAUUGCAAGAAUGCAUCUCUUGCAAGAAGCAAACAAGAAGCCCCCAGGUCUUACUGAAGAUGUCCUUGAGUGCUUGGGUGUUGAGCUUUUCAGUGACACAGAAUUGGUUGUUGAUGGGUUGGUAUCAGAAGUGUCAAGAGAUUGUAGUAUAUGCCUGGAGAAUUUCAUGAAUGGGGAAGAGCUUAUAUGCUUGCCUUGUGCACAUAGGUUCCACACUACCUGCUUGGGACCCUGGGUUCAAAUACGAGGAGACUGCCCGUAUUGCCGGAGAGCUAUAGUUGUAGAUAGUGACAUGUCCAAAAGGACUACGUAGCUUCUGUCUGACAUGUUUUCAUACUUGGGUUGUCUUGUUGUAGGAAAGUUUGGGAACUUGACUAUUAAGUUAGGGAGGUGAGAUACUUCCCAGUUAGAUGCAAUGCAUCAUCACUGUUAAUCAUGUAUUGGUUUGUGUACGUGGGUUAUUCAUGUAUGUAAUUUUGAAGUAGUUGUCAAGUUGAGGCCAGCAAGGUUCAAAU